AAUUAUACGUAGUAAUUGAUUAUAAUCGUGAAAGACGGAAACAGGAAAGAGCCAGUAAAACCACCGUACAGAAAUACAAUUAAUGUUAAUAGGUGCACACAAUGCAGUUAGACAAUUCAUUUAAAAGGAAAGGAGAUAUACUUUGAAAGCUUUGAAGAGGUUAAGAAAGCUGCAAGAAGAGGCAUUUAAAACACAUAGUUAAAAUAACAUACACAUAUACGAUCAAAUAAACAAUUCUUUUAUGUAUCUCUCUAUAUAUAUGACCUGUUUAGGUUUCGUUUAGCUAAUCAUUUCACUGUGUCAUUUCAAUUCUUUAAAAAACAUUUGAUGGUUAUUGAAAACCAAUGACCACAAAGAAAAAAAAAAGUACAAAGGGACAGAAAACGAAUUUUGACUUGUUGACGCGUUUAACAUUGUUCAUUUACUCUUACGAUUUCGAGAGAUAGACACCUUAACAUGGACAGCAGUGAUAGCGAAAGUAAGAGCGUCACCCACUGCCCAGUGUGCUUGGAAAGUUUUACUCAUCCGAAGUACCUCCCUUGUUUGCAUACAGUGUGUGAACAAUGUAUAGAUAUCUACGUGAAUUCAAUGCAAAAGGCGUUCCGCCGCAAUCCUCAACACUCGGGGUCAGAAAGUGGUUUCAACUGUCCAGUUUGUAAAAUGUUUGUGCCAUGUUCCGACAAAGACCCAAAAGUAUGGGCAAGAAAUUUACCAGAUAACACAAUGAUCAAUAAUUUAAUAGAAAAGCAUAAGAUAAAGAAGAAAUCUGAGACUUGCGACGGAUGUAAAUCUCGGGGAGAUGUCAUCAAGGCCGAAUCGUGGUGUAGCGAAUGCCAGGAAGCAUUAUGUAACACUUGUUCAAAUUACCACAAGACAAACAAAUCUUUGAAACAUCAUCGCAUGUUCAACGUUAAGGACCUCGAAGAAGAACCAAUACUAUUUCGUUUCACAGAUGAGGAAUUUUGUGCCCAUCACCAAGAUAAACGUGUAGAGAUGUUGUGUAAGUAUCACGAGGCUUUAUGUUGUAUCAUAUGUGUCACAUCGAGUCACAAACAAUGUGAUUCCGUACUUUCCAUUGAGGAAAUGGCCCAUGGAAUCCGCGAGAGCGGCGAAAUAGCACACCUUGGCAACCAACUGAAACAUGCCAACUGUGAAAUUCAAGAAAUUAUCCGUGAUCGGAAGGAAAAUAUCAGCGAUUUUACUCAACAGCAUCAACGUAUGGAGAACGAUAUUUCAAAAUUAAGACAAGAUAUCAAUCGGCAUCUUGAUGAGUUGGAGCAGCGUUGCAAAAAGAACAUGAACGUUAUUUAUAAUGAAAAUCUCGCUGAUAUGAACGCACAGGUGGAACAGUUACAAAAUCGCGAAAAAGCAAUUACCAAUUGCCAGAAGGUAUUACAAACGUGCGUGAAACAUGGGACGGACUAUAAACUGUUUUUGGAAAUGAACAAAUUGAAACGCCAGAUUCGGGAACAUGAAGAUCAUUUACAAAGACAGAAAAAUUCUACAAAACGUAUUGAGUUCAGCUUUAGUCUGAGCUCCCCCGCAACCAAUUUCAGGCAUUAUUUGACGACAAUUGCUGACAUCACGGUCAAAACAUCGCCUUAUCCUAACAUCGAAACGCCCUAUACGACGUAUGUUACGUCCACCCCACGUGCGUCACGUCGUUCAUCUCCCAUGACGUCAUUCCAGUCUAUUGACCUUGACAUAUCAUCAAGCAGCAGAAGAAUCGAACUUAACGAAAGUUACUCGGACCGAAACGAAUCCAGAAGAUCAAGUCUAGAAUCAGAACUUCUGCAGUUGUCUCUCUCAGCAAGUGAUCUCAUCGGGGUCAAAGAGGCGGAUCUAUCGAAAACAAUAUAUGUCAACAAGCUAAAGAUCAUCGAUGCAACGUUUUUACCAGAUGGAAGAAUUAUGUUGAUUGCCAGUAACGACCAGAAUUGGCGCUUGUAUGUUUACACAAGUAAAGGUUCACUGGAAAAGGAGAUACGCUUAAGAUGCCAGCCAGGCGGAAUAGCCGUGCUCUCCGAGCUGGAAUCAGCAGUUACUUUCCCGGCGGAGCAAAUUAUUCAAUUCAUAGACAACAAAGACUUUUCUAUGGCCAAAGAUAUGAAAAUUCGGGGGCAUUGCCGUCAAAUAUGCAAUACAAACAACAAGAUGGUCAUCGUUUGUGAAACAGAAGUAAAAUUGUUUAAUGGAACGUCCGUCCGCACAAUUCCUAUCUCAGGUGUUGAAAUACUUUGUAUUUGUUUAUCAGCCAAAGACAGAUUAUACUACACAGUGCAGAGUGACAGUUCUCUUCACUGCCUAUCAACAACUGGUCACGAACUCUUUAAAUAUAGUCACGGAGAUCUGGUUUGCCCUUAUGGUGUGGCACUGGGUCGCGGCGAUCGCCUCGUUUACGUUGCCGGGUAUAAAUCUCAAAAUGUUCAUCAAAUUACACCUGAUGGCCAUCUGUUGACCAUUAUUGUCACACGUGGUGACGUCAUGUCAGGGCCUCAGCUGCUUGCCAUCAAUCAAAAUCGGGAAGAAUUUUUACAAGUCUGGGAGCAAAUGUAUGGGAACUUCAUCUAUAUAUAUGAUAUGCCAAAAAACGAAACUACACCUUGAAAUUCACACCCACAACGGCAAUGGAAAAAUGUGCACUUAUGCGUUUCAAUGAACUGAUAAUUGAUCAGCACAAUCACCUACUCAGGGCUAUUGAUCUUUCUAUUGAUUUAGGACAAAAGAAGAAUGAAUGAAAUCAAAUUAACCGGGAAACUAGCGGGGUUAUCAAUAAAUAGUAUCUACUC